AUGGUUGGUCUGGAUUCCAUUGGUGUUCAACAGAUUCCUAAACAAGACAUUAUUAAGCUCACUGAGCAUAUGUAUCUUUUAUGGAAACACCAUGUUACUCUGGUGAUUGAUGCUUAUGGUCUACUUCGGUAUAUCUCCAACACUGCUGAUGUUCCACGAGAAUUUGUUACUGAUGGGAAACGUGUUGAAAAUUCAGCGUUUGUGCUCUUUCGGCAACAGCAUAAACUGUUAGCUUCUUGGAUUUUAACCACUGUGAGCAUGGACGUCUUACCCCAUUUGACGGGUCUCACAUCGUUAUUAGCCAUAUGGAAUACCAUUUCUUGGCUUCUUGAAAGAUUAAGCUCUCGAGAUGUUGUUUCUUGGACUUCUAUUAUUUCAGGUUCUGUGCUACGUGGAUCCAUGCAUGAAGCGCUUCUGGCUUUCUUUAAGAUAGCGUUUUGGUGUUUUUUCUUGGUUCCUUUUCUUGGUGUGGUUGCAAUGGUUGGUCUGGAUUCCAUUGGUGUUCAACAGAUUCCUAAACAAGACAUUGUUAAGCUCACUGAGCAUACGUAUCUUGUAUGGAAACACCAGGUUACUCUGGUGAUUGAUGCUUAUGGUCUACUUCGUGUUUGUGCUCUUUCGGCAACAGGACAAAAUGUUAGCUUCUUGGAUUUUAACCACUGUGAGCAUGGACGUCUUACCCCAUUUGACGGGUCUCACAUCGUCAUUAGCCAUAUGGACAUUUCUCGGCUUCUUGAAAGAUUAAGCUCCUUAGAUGUUGUUUCUUGGACUUCUAUUAUUUCAGGUUCUGUACUACGUGGAUCCAUGCAUGAAGCGCUUCUGGCUUUCUUUAAGAUGCAAGAAGAUGGGGUUGCACCCAACGAGGUUACUCUGGUGAUUGAUGCUUAUGGUCUACUUCGGUAUAUCUCCAACACUGCUGAUGUUCCAAGAGAAUUUGUUACUGAUGGGCAACGUGUUGAAAAUUCAGUGUUUGUGCUCUUUCGGCAACAGGACAAACUGUUAGCUUCUUGGAUUUUAACCACUGUGAGCAUGGACGUCUUACCCCAUUUGACGGGUCUCACAUCGUCAUUAGCCAUAUGGAAUACCAUUUCUCGGCUUCUUGAAAGAUUAAGCUCCCGAGAUGUUAUUUCUUGGACUUCUAUUAUUUCAGGUUCUAUGCUACGUGGAUCCAUGCAUGAAGCGCUUCUGGCUUUCUUUAAGAUGCAAGAAGAUGGGGUUGCACCCAAUGAGGUGACAAUUAUGAGCAGUUUACAUGCAUGUUCCUUCAUUGGACGACUAAGGAUAUUGCAGUGGGUUCAUGCCUUAGUUUCAAAAUUGGGGUGUCAUUAA